AUGCCCCGAGCACCGCGGCACGGCGUUCCCAUACGGCGGAGCCCAACCACCCUGUCGCCAAGCACAGCAUGCCCCGCACUGGCGGUCAAAGCACAACUGGUCCCAGCACCACAGGGCCAACAACCUUGUCGCCCACCACGCGAGACCCGAACCGAAGCGCCAAUCCCAAGCACUUCAAGCCCCAGCACCCUGGCUCCGCCGUCUCCCCGUUGGCGAGCCCAGUGCGGCGCCCACCACGCUGUCCCCCACAACCCUGGUCCGACAACCGUGAGUCCGAGCACCACAGUUCCUUCCACUCAGAGCCCAAGCACCGGCAGUCCCUCCACCGAGAAGUCCGAGCACUGGAAUCCCAACUACCUUGUCACGAGCACCGGGUCCCAACACGGCCAGCCCCAGCCCGGCGUCCCAACGACGGAUGCCCCGAGCACCGCGGGUCCGACAACGGAUAGCCCCAGCACGCUGAGCCCGAGCACUGAUGGUCCAACAACGGAUAGCCCCAGUACAGCGGAGCCCAAGCACUGCAGGCCCCACUACGCUUUCGCCCAGCACGGCUGUUCCCAGUACGGGGAUGCCCACAACCCUGUCGCCAAGCACAGCAAGCCCCAGCACUGGCGGUCCAAGCACACUGGUCCCAGCACCACAGGGCCAACCACCUUGUCGCCCACCACGUUCCUCCACGCAGAGCCCAAGCACCGGCGUCCCUCCACCGAGAGUCCGAGCACUGGACCAACUACCUGUCACGAGCACCGGGUCCCAACAACGGCCAGCCCCAGCACCGGAGUCCCAACGACGGAUGCCCCGAGCACCGCGGGUCCGACAACGGAUAGCCCCAGCACGCUGAGCCCGAGCACUGAUGGUCCAACAACGGAUAGCCCCAGUACAGCGAGCCCAGCACUGCAGGCCCCACUACGCUUUCGCCCAGCACGGCUGUUCCCAGUACGGGGAUGCCCACAACCCUGUCGCCAGACGCAGGCCCCAGCACUCGUCCGACACCACGGCCAGCACUGGUCCCAGCACACAGGGAACCCACUCUUGUCGCCCAACUUGAGCCCCACCAGCGCCAUCCCAAGCACUUCAAGCCCCAGCACCCUGGCUCCCACCGUUCCCGUUGGCGAGCCCAGUGCGGCGCCAACCACGCUGUCCCCAACAACCCUUGGUCCGACAACCGUGAGUCCGAGCACCACGGUCCCUCCACUCAGAGCCCAAGCACAGGCAUCCCUCCACCGAGAGUCCGAGCACUGGAAUCCCAACUACCUUGUCACCGAGCACCGGGGUCCCAACAACGGCCAGCCCCAGCCACCGGAGUCCCAACGACGGAUGCCCCGAGCACGCGCGGGUCCAACAACGGAUGGCCCCAGCACGCUGACCCGAGCACUGAUGGUCCAACAACGGAUAGCCCCAGUACAGCGAGCCCAGCACUGCAGGCCCCACUACGCUUUCGCCCAGCACGGCUGUUCCCAGUACGGGGAUGCCCACAACCUGUCGCCAAGCACAGCAAGCCCAGCACUGGCGGUCCAAGCACGACUGGUCCCAGCACCACAGGGCCAACCACCUUGUCGCCCACCACGGUGA